AUGACGCGCCCAAUCGUUGUCCUCGGUGCCGGCGUCCUAGGAAGACGGAUCGCCGCCGUCCUGAUCGCAGGCGGGCACACCGUGCACAUCCGGGACCCCUCGACUCAAGCCCUCAGCGACGCGGCCUCAUUCAUCGACGCCCAUCUUCACGAAUUCACUGCCAUCACACCAACGCCGCAUCCCGUCCCCGGCACAUACAAAGCGUUCGCCGAGAUCUCCUCUGCAGUUGCAGGCGCCUGGCUUGUCAUUGAGGCGGUGCCGGAAAAGCUGUCGCUGAAAAUUGACACGUUUGCGGAGGUCGAUCGCCAUGCACCGGCUGAUUGCGUUAUUGCGUCGAACAGUAGCAGUUUCAAGUCCAGUUUGAUGGUAGAGAAGGUGGGCGAGCAACGGAAGGAACGGGUGCUAAAUGUCCAUUUCACCAUGCCGCCGCAAAUUCGGACAGUCGAGCUAAUGACGAACGGUCAAACGAGGCCCGAACUUUUUGAGAGCUUGAGUAAGAUGUUGAAGGGAUGCGGAAUGAUCCCUGUUACGGCCAGAAAGGAAUCGACUGGCUUCAUCUUCAACCGUCUGUGGGCGGCAAUCAAGCGUGAGAUUAUGCUCAUCUUAGCAGAAGACGUGAGCACGCCCGAGGAAAUAGACCUCUUGUGGACGAACAUGUUUCAGCUGCCAACCAGCUCUCCGCCGUGCCAGUUGAUGGACAAGAUCGGCUUAGACACAGUUGCGUUCAUUGAAGACAACUAUAUCCAGGAAAGGGGGCUUGACGGAAGCAUGACUGUGGACUGGCUACGAAAGAGCUAUAUCGAUCAAGGUCGACUAGGUCUGAAGAGUGAAAAAGGUGGAUUGUACGGACCGUCAGCCGCCGCUGCACCUGCUGCCGCUACCAAGGCGGCACAGAGUCUGUACAUUCUAGAUGUCGGUUUGGGAUCGAAUAACAAGGUUGACCAGAUCCCCACAGCCGGGAAAAUCCUCUACUUUGAUCAGUCUACCGGAAAUAUGUCACCAAUCGUCACCGGCCAGUCAUUGCCAGACGGGGUGGACGUAUCCAAGUCCACUGGCCGCCUCUUCUGGACGAACAUGGGGCGCGCCACCUCAACGCGUGACGGCUCAGUACACUCUGCGAAGCUCGACGGGUCGGAUAUGCAGACCCUCCUGCCCACUGGAUCUGUGCAUACACCAAAACAGCUAGUGGUGGAUGACAUGAACCGCAAGAUCUACUUCUGCGACCGCGAAGGAAUGGGCGUGCACCGGUGCAACUUUGACGGAUCGGGCCACGAAGUCCUCAUCCAGACGGGGAGCCUAGAUUGCGCUGAGCAUCGCAGCGACCUUACGCGCUGGUGUGUUGGUAUCGCCGUCGACACCCCUCACAGGUACAUCUACUGGACCCAGAAGGGCCCAAGCAAGGCAGGCCGGGGCCGGAUUUUCCGUGCGGGCCUUGAGAUACCUGCCGGUCAGACAGCGGAGAACAGAACAGAUAUUGAGUUGCUGUUGGACGGUUUACCAGAGCCGAUCGAUUUGGACCUGGAGGUGAAAUCACAAAAGUUAUACUGGACGGACCGGGGUGAGCACCCCAUUGGCUGCUCGCUUAACUGUGUGGAUCUAUCAGGGUCAACUCAGCUCGAAAAACUCAAGUCGAAUAAGGAGAUCCUUGCUCGGCAUUUUAAUGAGCCCAUCGGUUUGAGGGUUGCUGGUGAUGGCACUGUGUAUCUAAUCAAGAAAUGUGUUAUAUUGCAAGGAUCCGCUUCUCUCUAUAAACAAGAUUCCGACAUUACCCACCGCUCGAGAAACUAUCUAUCCUCCAUGGCAUAA